AGCUUCCCUCCCCUCUCUCUCUCUCUCUCUCACCCGUUGAUCUUCUCUAAUGGCGGAUACGCUACCUACUCGAUCUGCAACCGACCUCUUCUCGGAUCCGAUCGACUCCCAACCUCUAUGGUUCAAGAAAUCCUCCUUCCUCCAGCCGGAAUUCGACUCCGAAGCCUACAUCUCUGACCUCCGGACGUUGGUCUCAUUCGACACUCUCCGAUCCGAGCUCCAAACUCAUCUGGCUUCUCUCAAGCACGAGCUCAUCGAUCUUAUCAACCGCGACUACGCUGAUUUCGUCAAUCUCAGCACUAAACUCGUUGACGUCGAUGGCGCCAUUGUGCGAAUGCGGGCGCCAUUGACGGAGCUCCGUGAGAAAAUCCUAGGGUUCCGAGAGAGCGUGGAGUCGACGCUUGUGGCUGUGCAGAAUGGGCUGCGUCAGAGGUCGGAGGCGUCCGCUGCGAGGGAGAUCUUGGAGUUGUUGCUUGAUACAUUUCAUGUUGUGUCUAAGGUUGAGAAACUUAUCAAGGAGUUACCAAGUGUGCCGGCUGAUUGGUCAAAUGGGGAUGUAAAUUCUAUGGCGAGGAGUAGUUUAAACAAUGGGAUAUCCUUACAACAUGCUGAAAAUGAAACAAAUCUCAGAGAAACUCAAAGCAUGCUUUUGGAGAGAAUCGCAAGUGAAAUGAAUCGGCUGAAGUUCUACAUGGCUCAUGCACAGAACCUGCCUUUCGUUGAGAACAUGGAGAAGAGAAUUCAAAGUGCUAGUCUACUAUUGGAUGCGAGCUUAGGACAUUGUUUUGUUGAUGCACUGGAACAUAGGGAUGCAACAGCAAUUUACAAUUGCUUGCGUGCAUAUGCUGCCGUUGAUAACACCAGGAAUGCAGAAGAUAUAUUUCGUAUGACUGUUGUUCUUCCAUUGAUACAGAAAGUUAUUCCACAAUCCGGGGUAGUUUCUGGGGCAUCGGGGGAUGAACUUGCGGACGAUUAUCAACAGAUUGAGCAACAUAUUGUGAAAGACUGUAAAUUCCUACUUGAGAUUGCUUCUGCAGAAAAUUCAGGUCUACAUGUGUUUAACUUCCUGGCCAAUUCAAUCCUCAAAGAAGUUCUCACAGCAAUCCAGAAGGGAAAACCAGGCGCUUUUUCUCCCGGGAGACCUACAGAAUUUUUGAAAAAUUACAAAUCAAGCUUAGAUUUCUUGGCUCACCUAGAGGGCUACUGUCCAUCCAGAUCUGCUGUUGCUAAGUUUCGAGCUGAAUCUGUCUAUAUCGAGUUCGUGAAACAGUGGAAUAUUGGGGUUUAUUUCUCAUUGAGGUUUCAGGAAAUAGCUGGGUCUCUAGAUUCCGCACUUAUAGCUGGCAGUCUUGUCCCAGUUCAAAAAUUACCUUCUGGUCCUGGGAAUUCCCAAGAUUUAAUAUUAAAGCAAAGUGUUACUCUUUUGGAAAGCUUGAGAUCCUGCUGGAGAGAAGAUGUUUUCAUUCUUUCUUGCUCUGAACGGUUUCUUCGCUUGUCAUUGCAGCUUCUUUCAAGAUACUCAAACUGGUUGUCAUCAGGAUUGGCUGCUCUUAAAACUGGUAAUGCUGGUCGCAACCCUGGAUUUGAAUGGGCUACUUCAGCUGUCCCAGAAGACUUUGUUUACGUAAUCCAUGACAUAAAUUGCUUGGUUACUGAGGUUUGUGGCGACUACCUGGAAGGUGUACUUCAACGGCUUUCUUCUUGCUCCACUGAAGUUCUUGAUCUUGUAAAGCAGAGCAUUGUACAGGCUGGGAAAUCAUUAAGUGAUUUACUACCUUUAGUUAUGAAUGCUGUAAUAGAAGCAUUAACUGAGAAGUCUGUUGAGGACUUGAGACAGCUGAAGGGAAUAACUGCAACUUAUAGAAUGACCCAUAAGCCUCUUCCUGUUAGGCAUUCACCUUAUGUGUCAGGGGUAUUACGUCCUGUGCAGGCCUUUUUGUACGGAGAGCGAGCAGCUACAUAUUUGACAGGGGAAAUUAGGAAUGAACUUCUACGAGGUGCUGCAUUUGCAAUUACUGGCCAUUAUUAUGAAUUAGCUGCUGACCUUGUCAAUGUGGCACGGAAAACUGAGUCUUCGCUGCAGAGAAUAAGGCAGGGUGCACAAAGACGAGCUGGAGCAAGCUCAGAUGUCAUGGACAAUAAUGUGUCGGACACUGACAAGAUCUGCAUGCAAUUGUUCCUUGAUAUUCAGGAGUAUGGGCGAAACCUCUCUGCCCUUGGAGUCAAAGCAGUUGAAAUUCCGGCGUACUGCUCCUUGUGGCGGUGUGUUGCCCCUCCAGACCAGCAAAAUGCUAUCAAUGUCUAGAGUGAGCAUUUUGCUACAAAGCAGCUUAUAUGUAUACUGUUUUCUUUUUGUCCAGUCACAAGUAUUGUUCUCCUUCCGCCCUGAAAGUUUAGGUGAUUAGGUUGUUUAUCAGGGGUUGAUUGCAGGCGUCUUUAGGGCGCUUUGCAGGCGUCUUUUGUUUUUAAUAUAUGGUGCUUUAUUCAUCAAUUUUUUUUUUCAUAAUAAAAAAAGAUUAAAAAUUUUA